AUGCCUUUCGAUCCAGCAUUCCGGGAAGAGUGCGUCAAGAGUGGCGGUGAACAAAGCCUUGACCAGAAUGGUGUGCCGCACUGUAUGUGUCCUGAUGGCACUGAACUGGAGAACGGCACGUGCAAAUCCAUCGCUUGCUUGUUCCCGGACUUUACGUGCAAAGAUAUCUGCAAUGAUGCCAAGCUGAGAGAAGAUAACCGCUGUUGCCAGAACUGGGAGGCAGGCUCGUGUGACGCCCAUCAUGAAGAAGGAAGUUUCUGUCUACCCGGUACUAUUGGAAAUGGAAGCAUCUGCACGAACGUAUGUGCUGAGGACUUGCUUCGACCUGUCUGCGCGCACGGUUGCACAUACGAUAACUCAUCAGCUCCUGAUUAUAAAUGCAAAUGCGAGGAUGACGAAGAGCUCGGUGCCGAUGGACGGACCUGCCAUGCUAGAGUUGAAUGUAACGAAGAGGAAGCACGAAUCUGCGAACAAAAUGGUGAAAUAUGCGUGCACGAAGAUGGAGAAGCUUCCUGCGAAUGCCCUUUGGGCUCCGCAAUGAUUGGUGGCGUCUGCUCCGAGACGUGCUCGCUCAAAUGUCAGCCUUUGCUGAGCAAGUGUAUAAUUGAUUCACACAUGGAAGCAUGUGUCUGCGAGUAUCCACUGAAAUGGGACAAUGCCAAACAGCAGUGUAUUCUAGACAAGCAAUUUGUUUACAUCACAACCUUCGAGCAAUACCAAAGAUCCAUAACCAAUAAUACAUACACGACGCACACUUGUGCCAAAAUUGGGCAGCUGAUUGAUGAUGCCAUGAAAAACCUAUAUGGCAAGAACCUCAUGGCAACGCGACUUCUGAAGUGUGGAGAAGAGCACGAAGUGGAGUUGACAUUUUCGGAAGAACCUGCGCCAGCGCUGUUGAACAGAAUACACUUGUGCGAGAACUGGGAUAAAAUUAGCGGUUGUUUUUUUCCUCCUGCUUUGUACAUCGUAAACGGCACUUCUUCAGACCCACAGGCAGUGGAUUUGUGCGAUGCCUACUUGAACAACACUGAAGCAGUCUCCAGUGGCAGCCACAAGUGUGUCAGUGAAGGAACCGGAACGUACAUGCUGCAGUGUGCCCUUGGAAGAGGCGCAGCUAUUAUCCAGCAGGGUUCCCUGAAAGUUCAACAGUGCGAUGAAGGCUGCCGUCCAAAUCCAUGCCCUCAAGACUGCAUAUGUGAACCAGACACAGCAACUUCAUAUAAGUGCAACUGCAGGGAAAACACCACGAUGACUUCACUUAGGCCACACCAUGAAAAAGCGGCAGCUCCACCUACUACGCCGGUAGCUCCAAAAUCAACUAGCCGUGUUUGGGCGAGCGUGGCUAUUGUCAUCGGCAUCUUGAUACCUGCUGUUAUCGUCGUCAUUCUGCUAAUGAAGAGGAAGACAUCGUACGUAGUUACGCCGGUGAAAAGAGCGAGCAGCAAGGAUUUUCAGCGACUCCCUACAGAAGAGUGCUGACUUCCAACAAUGAGGCAGUGCUUACGCCAUUCCAUGUCAUGUAUCCUGGCCGUUCCCGUGCAGUACGGUAGGCAAGGCCAGAGAUUCCCGGGCGCUCUGGAGAUACGACAAGCUGAACGCAGAUGUAGACGUUCCAAUCAAGUCGACUUUUUCCAAGCAUGGGGAAUAAAACAUUUUCAUGUCGAGUA